UUUCAGCACCAUGGAGAGCCCCCGCCUGCGGCUGCUGCCCCUGCUAGGUGCCGCCCUGCUGCUGCUGCUACCUCUGCUGGGCGCCCUUGCCCAGGAGGAUGCCGAGCUCCAGCCGCGAGCCCUGGACAUCUACUCUGCCGUGGAGGAUGCCUCCCAUGAGAAGGAGCUGAUUGAAGCGCUGCAGGAAGUCCUGAAGAAGCUCAAGAGUAAACGUAUCCCGAUUUAUGAGAAGAAGUAUGGCCAAGUCCCUAUGUGUGACGCAGGAGAGCAGUGCGCCGUGCGAAAAGGAGCUAGAAUCGGGAAGCUGUGUGACUGUCCCCGAGGAACCUCCUGCAAUUCCUUCCUCCUGAAGUGCUUAUGAGACGUCCACCCUUCUCCUUAAGUACCCCCCCCCACACACACACACCCCACUUUCCUCAGACGACCAUACUUUCAUCCCUGGCUUUAGCAACAAAGUUUGUAUUUUCCUUUGAGGAAAAGGGGCUCUUUUCCUGGCUGUUUCCAAAUAAAAGAACACAUUAGACGUUUCUGUGUGAACAGUAAUGCCUUGUAUGGUGUUGAUAUGUGUGCAAAGCAUUCUUAUUUUAUCUGCCUGACAAACUUUUGUGUAUAUUUGAGUAAAGAAGGGGAACUUCACCUCAAAAUUUGUAUUUUUGUAGGUGGCAUGGCAGGAUGAAACUAGAUCUAGUGAAUCUUGGUAGAUGACAUCACAACCUGGAAACUAAAUUACCCCAAGCAUCACAAAUUGAAGCAUGUAAAAACUAUACAUAAUAAAGUGUUUUUCAUAAUUGC